AUGAUUGAUGGUAAGUAUGGUGUUGAGUUCUUGAAAGAAAAAGAAAAAGAAAAUCGCCAGGAUAAAAAGAAAAAUAAAACAUCCGGGAAUGAUGAUUUUGCCCAGGCCAUUGCUAGAAUUGCGGUUGCACAGGUAUGCGAGAGCCUAGGGUAUCAGAGUUUCCAGCAGUCUGCUCUCGACACCCUUUCGGAUGUAGGGGGGUUGGAGGAUUUGGGUUCUGCUCAGGGGUUCUCUGGUGCUUCUGACUAUAAUCAUUGUCUUUCUGUCUCUGGAGUAGUUAGGGACAUUAUUCGAUAUGUUGACGAAGCUGAGGAAUUCCCUUUUGCAUAUUCAAUUCCGACUUUUCCAGUUUUGAAAGAGAGAAAACUGUAUGCAAGUUUUGCACAAAUUGGUAAAAACCCUCCUAAUGAAUAUAUACCUAGUUGGUUGCCAAUGUUUCCAGAUCCUGAGACUUAUGCAGAUUCAAAUUCAAGGGUCAAGAAAGAAGAAGAGCUUGCAGCGGAGAGUAAAAUUGAAGAGCGGCACAUGAAGGUGGACCGGUCUUUGUUGAACUUGCAGCAGAAAUUGAUCUGUAAUGGGUUGGAAACAGGAUUAGCUGAUGUAAAUGGGUAUGCUGCUAAGGCACAGCACAUAGUGGAAAGUAACCCCUUUCUUGCCCCGCCUCUUCAGUUUGAGGAAAAGGAGAUGUCUUUACCUGUUCUUCCAGCUAAACUGAUAGAUGAGGCUACAAGGAAAUUCCAGAAUAACGCAGUUUUGGAAAACCAUGUUUCUGUUUUAGAGCCAUAUGCCCCAGCCACUGAAGACAUUGGGACCCAUUCAUGUAAAUCUAUGGAGGACAGAAGAAAGGUUCCAUUGAAUGGGAGGAACAUGGUAAAAUUUAAGUUGGGAAGUAGCAGGAAGUGCUUGGGUACAGAAAUGAGCCCUUGGAAUGAGGGAGUUGAGAAAGGAAUUGGCAGCUGCUACUUGUUCCAGUUAGUGAUAGUCAAAGAGCUAGAGUUCUCUGCUUGGUCUUUACAGAUUUUUAAAGAUGAAUUUUUCCAACUUUCGGGAGUUCUUGAGGAAACUGGACAAUUGAGAUUACUUCCAAUUUGCCACGACAUACUCUGCAAGUAUUCUGCAACGGAAAGAUGUGAAGUAUGGUGCCGAGUUCUUGAAAUAAAAAGAAAAAAUUGCCAGGACAAAAAGAAGAAUAGACCAUGA